ACGGGAUGGAGCGAGGGGAGGGGAGGGGGAGGGGGGGCACACUCAAACUGCCCUCACACCGUGUCAAGACUUUCUUAAAGCGCUGGGAUCCGAUCAAGUGAUGAGCCGUCAGUCAGCGCACUCCAACGGCAUGCAGAGCCUCCGGAAGGAGUACCUGUACAAGGUGCUGGUGAUCGGGGACCUGGGGGUGGGGAAGACCUCCAUCAUCAGGCGCUACGUCCACCAGACCUACUCCACCAACUACCGGGCCACCAUCGGCGUGGACUUCGCCCUGAAGGUGUUGAACUGGGACUCGGAGACGGUCCGGCUGCAGCUGUGGGACAUUGCAGGUCAGGAGCGUUUUGGAAACAUGACCCGAGUGUACUACCGUGAAGCCAUGGGAGCCUUUAUAGUGUUCGACGUGACGAGGUCCACGACCUUCGAAGCCGUCAUCAAGUGGAAAGAGGACCUGGACUCCAAGCUAAUGCUGACUAAUGGACAGAGGAUUGCCACUGUGCUGCUGGCUAACAAGUGCGACCAGGGCAGGGAGGUGACCAACAACGGCAUCAAAAUGGACCAAUUCUGCAAGGACCACGGCUUUGUCGGGUGGUUUGAAACUUCGGCUAAGGACAAUCUUAAUAUCGGUGAAGCUGCAAACCUCCUGGUGAAGCACAUCAUGGCGACGGAGAACGACAUCCUGAAAAGCGUUCUACCAGACACCAUCUCACCUCAGCUUGACUCCAACAGGCAGAUGAGCUGCUCCGGCUGCUUUAAAUAAGCAAAGCAGACAGAACACCACGAAAAGACAUUAGUACAAAGAGGGACAUGGACACCAGUCACCCUUCUAAGGAUAUGCAGUACAGAUGUGCCUCUUUGGUCCAAACCCGGGUCAAAGAUUUUAUUUCGGUAAAUGUUUCGGAGUUUUGUUUGUGUUCUCAGUGGCCAAUAACAAGAGAAACGUGGACUGAGAAGUAAGAAGCACAACUAUUUGUGACUUAUCGUGCUUUGACUUAAAAGUUAUUUCGGCUUCGGCCCUUUUCCGAGUUAUUUGGCAUGGGUUUUCAAUUUAUAAAACAAGGGCUGUCUUUUUCAGCUAUUGAAUGCCCUCCUAAUUAUAUGUGGGAGAGGUCAGGCACUCAGCGUGCUGGCAAAACGCAACAGACGGUGAGAAUGCUCCCAAUGCGUUUGAUGCUGCGGGCCCAAUCGUGUGCAGGAAUUACAGAACGCAAACAGGAGUUGUGCUGUUGGUUCGGCACCAUUUCAACUAUGAUUGUGAUGCUGACCACAUACUGGCUUCCUUUACUGUUUAUGCUCCAAUAGCCAGAGAAAGCAAUGUUGACUGUGUAAUGAUGUGAAUUUUGCACAUAAAUGUUUUUUUUUAAUGAUUUUCUAGGUUAUUUACAUGCUUCUAUAAUAGUAAUGCCGGCGUAACGUUUUUUCUACGCCACACAAAGUCCCAACACAUUCUUUUUAUUUUUUCGGGGCAAAAACUUAAAGGCAAAGAAAUCUAGUUUCACUAAACUAGUUCAGUUUGAGGUACUCAAAAGGUUUAUUUGUAAACGGAAGGGAGUGGUUGUCCUUGUGCUCAACAUUUGCUGCCAUAACCACCAUACAUGUCAGCAACAUUUAAAGUGAUUCAUUUCAAUAAUUAUUCAUGAGAGGAAAAAAUUGUGUCGAUUGUCUGCAUGUAAACUGGACUGGACACGAGUUGCCAAAGCCUAACCCUCUGUAUCCAUGGUAACUAGAUCAUUUUUCAUGGUUGUCCUCAACAUCUGUGAGAAGCUAUUCCCAUACAGGCAAAAAAUACACGCGUCUACACACUGCGCAUAGAUUUUCUUCUCCCUGCCUCUUUUUAUAUCAGUUUUUCUAGUCUCCCACUACACUCCUCUUGAAAUAUGGCUGCUUCCAGUACCUUUCUUUAGCCGUGUACGUCACCAACCCCUCUCCUCCCUAUUUGUCUCGUUCUCUGAUUUGCAGUAUGUGCGGCACAUCCCAUAAACGUGCACAGGUUCCACUACACACCCAGAGAUCGAGUACUUUUAUUGAUCUUCCAACAAAGAAUCUUUGAAGUUGUUGUCUUUUUGGCGACGUUGCGCCUCCGCAUUACUUGGCACUAUGUCCGUAAAAAAGGCAAGGUGUACUGCGCUCAAUGUCCCUUGGAGUCCAGUGUGCCAGCCCUCUAGGAAGUAAGUAGCAUUAUGUGGAUUGUUGCCGUUGAGACAAGUGUCUCAGGAAAUGUUAAAUGAUGUUACCCUUCCCAUUGUUCAACUGGUGUUUGGCAGCAGUGCUUCGUGCACAGUGUUUAUAUAUCUGAUCACAGCCGUGUCAUGUGUUCUUGUGUGAGGGCCUUGUUGGUCAUUUACAGCAUGCGCAUUGGGCCAGACGGGCCAAAAACAACUCGGCCUCGGCACACGAUUACAGUUGUGCUCCUCAUGUGGGUGGGUGGAAUAAUCGGAUGUCAGCAUGGCGUCACACUAUCCUAGAAAGAACCGCUGGUUACCUAUUGUGCAUUGUUCCGUUCCAUAUUUAUUGCAAAGUGGUAAAAAAAUAAAUGAAGUUAUAUCACAGGGUUUUGUAACACAAAGUGACCUCAAUGUGUACUCUUGCCAUUUAACUUUAACCUGUAACAACCUUUUUUACAGCCUCAUGAUCACUAAAUUUAA